AGGAUCAGAAGCACUUUUAUGUACGUGCUAAUAGCGGUCGAAUUGUUUCCCAAGCCACAGGAGUGUGAAAGAAUAAAAUAAAAGUUUUUCAAACAAUGGCAGACGAACCAAUCGGCUUUUCUUGUCUCAUGACAAUAAACCCAAAACCGAACUAAGCCAUUAACUAAAACUGUGUGAAUUUCUUCUCCAUUGCCACUGGUGUAAAAACAUUUAAGACGUCCGUUUUCCAGUGGUUUUUCUCUGUAAGAAUUCAAACUCUUCCGUCAAGACGUAUAGCUGAAAAAAGGCGAUCAGUCAGUGGAAACCUUAUCCACUACAGUAGAAUCGGGGCAACUUGGCGACAAUUAAACACCUCUAAAAGGCCCCCCUACUAGCCGCUUGCUCGUGAUUCAACGGACUUGCGCGCCAUUUAAAGAACUUGUUCGCACGUGAUUCGACACUGGAUGACACAGCAUUAUGGGUAACAGGAAAACCAAACUGAAGAAAGAGGAACUAGACGAAUUGAUGGAGGGCACCCGUUUUACUCAAGAAGAAAUUGAAGAUUGGUACAAAGGUUUCAUGAAAAGUUGUCCCAGUGGAUUUGUCUCUACGACGGAUUUCGAAGAUAUGUAUUCUGAUUUUUUCGAGGGGGACGCGUCCGAGUUUGCGAAUCACGUUUUUCGCACGUUCGACUCGGACAAAAGCGGCUUCAUUGACUUUAAAGAGUUCCUGUACUCGUUGUCGGUCACAUCACGGGGUAACUUAGAAGAGAAAUUAGAGUGGGCUUUUAAGAUCUACGACGUCGACGGGGACGGGUAUGUCACCAAGUACGAGAUGGAAGCUAUCAUUAGGUCGGUGUAUAAGAUGUACACAGAUAGUCGACUGGGGAAGAAAGAAACGCCAGAACAGCGCACUGCGAGGGUUUUCGAAAAGUUUGACUUGAACAAAGACGGCAAGCUCACCAUGGAGGAGUUCAAGACUGGUGCACGAAGCGAUCCGUUCCUAGUUUUGAUGAUGCAGUAUAAAUCGUUGCACGGCAAUAGGAGAGGGUCGGAUUCCUCCGUGUCCUCGAUGGUGAGCGAUAGUUAAUCUGCCGAUUUUUUCUUACUCCGACGAAAGAACAAUUUCAUUCUUGAUGGCGUUGUCUUGUAACAUAACUGAUGUUUUUAAAGUCUUUUUUUUUUCUUGUUACUUCUGAUGCUUUAGCCAUAAGCAAGAGAGAAUUAUCUACAUCAUCGUCUCUUACCUAACAUAAUCCAGAAUAAAGGUUUAAAUCUUAAAAUCUUGUACGUUUCCCCUCGGUUGACUGGAAUCAGAGAAAAUGGCGGGUGUUGUGUCAUAACCUGCACGCCGCAGUCCCCUUUAGGGAUUACAUAGCAUUUAGUAUUAAAACCUGGACUUGUAAUGGAGAAUGCAAUGGCUUAGCCAUCGUGAUAUAUUAGCAGUUUUUAAAAACUGGAUCAUUGUAUAACGCAAUAGACCCUUUUACAGUUAUCUGCUCGGUGACCU